AUGUUCUGUCUUUGUGGAUUGAGAAAUGAAAAUGAUAAAUAAGAACAUAUAAAAAAUUCACAUGGAACUUCUCUUUAAUCUAAUAUGAGAUUAGAUAAUAAUGAUAAUAGAAACAGUAUAAAUAAUUUUCAAGAGUGCAAUAGAGUCAGUCAAGAAUACACAGAUUUUUUGUGGGAAUACGAUAAAAAUUAUUAAGAAAAGUCUUAGUUGUUUGAUUUUUGUGAAAUUUCACCUAGUUUUAAAUUAGAAGUAAUAUAUAUAAUGUUUAAAAAGGAAUCAAAAACUGAUUUUGAAGAGUCUUUAUUAAUGCACUAAGGAGAUGGAUUGUUGGUGAAAUUAAUCAAUAUAAAUUAAUAAUCAAUGAGUAAAUUGAAAGAUACAUUUACAGCAUUUAUUAUGAGAAUUCUUUAUGAUAUAAAGUCUUUCUUAGAAGUAUUAAAAUAUUCAUAUCUCUUUUAUUAGAUUGCUCCUUAAUAGGAAAUCAAAUUUGUUAGAUCACUUAUUCCUAAUAUAAUAACUGAAUUAACAUACAGAAGAAUUAAGAAUGAUAAACUAUUGAUUGCUCAUGAUCCAACUGGAAGUUUCUUACUUAAACACUUAUCUUCAAGUUAAUAAGUAUAUUUCAUUGAAGAAACCUAAGUCUAUCGUCCAAUCUUAGAUAAAGGAAUAGAAAUAUUGAAUUGUAAUAACAAGAUACACUAUGUAACUAAAUCAGAUAUUACAGUUAAAUUAGAUACUGCAAUUGUGAGUAAAAUAAGCUAUCUAUGUCUUUAGAUUUGCUAUUCUUCCAUGAUAUUCCAAUAUACAGUAUAAUUUAGGAGUAUUUGACCUUAGCCCAUGAUCUUAUUCUAAUUCUAUCUCCUAAAUUAGAUUAUCAUGAAAUGAUAUCAUAAUUAAGAUAAGGAAUUAAGAAUAGUGCAUAAUCACAUAUUUACUGUAGUGUAGAAAUACAAUCAGUUUAUGAAUAUAAUAAGGUUAUUGCUUUUAUUGUGUAUUAUGGAGAAAUCUCAGGAAUUAAACAAAAUUAACAAUUGUGUUUUCUCUAUAAAUGUAUAUCUAAAACAAUUUAAAGGACUUUUAAAUAUAAAGUUUUUUUGAAAAAUCUUAGGAGUUAAAUUGGAAUAAUGAAAUUAGUUGAUUUGUUUUCUCUUUAUGGAUUAUUAUUUAAUAGUUCAGAUGAGAAUUUCAAAAUAUUUUAUAAAUAAGUUAAGAAAUAAUACUUUCCCAAAAUAAAGUCUCAAAAAUUCAUUUAAGAAGAAUGUAAUAAAUCAUCUACUGAAUCAGAAAGUGAAGGAAUUCAAGAAACAGAAUCUGCAAACUCAAAUUUUACUGAAAUAAAAAUAUAUAGUAAAAGUGAAUCUAUUCAAAUGUCCAAUUAUGUUUAUGUUCACUUUCAUUCAUAAAACAGUUAGAAAUCUACUCAAUAUGAAGAAUAUAUUUAAAUUAGUGAAUGA